AUGCCUUCCCUCGUCGAGUCCCUCGGAAACUUCAUCUCCUCCAUCUUCCACGCCAUCACCGCCGUUCUCGGUUCCAUCGUCGCCGUCUUCCAAUCAAUCUUCAAUGCCAUCCUCGGUGUCAUACAAACCGCGUUAUCGGCCGUCGGAACCACGAUCUCGGGUCUCGCACACACAUUUGAGGGUUUGGUGAAGUUCUUUUUGAGCAACAUUGUCGUUAUUGGUGUUCUUGUUGCUGGUUUCGCUGGGUAUACUUAUUAUCAGCGUAGUCAGGGACGUGCGGUCACUACCAACAAGAAGGUCAGCUAG